UAUCGUGCUGAAGAAAAAAACAAACUCAACCUUUACGAGAAAAGUGGCCGAUUUCUCAACGCACUCCAAUUUGAUUGCCAAAGAAAGCAGGGCCGUUAACCUAUUCUCGAUUUUUUUGCAGAGUGACAACAAAAAUUACUUUCUCGUCAAGAUAUUGGGUAUGCACAUUUAUUUAAACCACCAAUUUGCAUUUGAAAGUAAGUGAGCAACAUCACAACAAAAUAUUGUCUUAAUUGAAAUCGAAGGCGAUUCCUUGGCAUUAAUAUUCUUCGCUUUUCGCACUGCCGUUGAAGGCUCUGUCACGCUCAUUGUUAUAUGUACUCUCAGAUAUCUAUGAGUCAAGUUGAACAGUAAUUCUUGAUCUUCAAAUCAAACCAAAACCAGCAGUAUACCAAAACAAAGACAAUAUCAUGUUAAGCGCAACCGCCGCCAUUGUAUUCAUCGUCAUCUUCGCACUCGAGGCAGCCGUCAUCAUCAUUGGCAACGUAUUCACUAUUUUUGUUUUCAAGACUCAAUCCAGACUCCACUUAAAACGAACUUGCCUUCUUCUAAUCAACCUGGCCGUCGCCGAUGUCCUUGUAGGAGUAGGGGAAGUUGCAGUCCUCAUCAUGCACAAAAUCCCGGGAACUGAAAACGGAUCCCUGAGUGCUUCCUGGGCAUUUCAAGCUUUUGGGUCGUGUGUUUCAGUGAUGUUUCUCGCUCUUAUUUCUCUGGAACGCGUUUACGCUGUGUUCCGACCAUUGCGUCAUCGCGUGACAAGCGCUCGAGCUUACAUUUUCAGCAUCGUUAUCGCUUGGGUAACUGGAUUGUGCAUUGGUGGACUGUCUUUUUUGACUGUAUAUCACUCAAAAGUAGAUGCCGUUUAUGCCGUUGCCACUGGUGUUGUGUUACUCUUCUUCUGUUUGGUUGUUAUCUGUGCGAGUUACCUUUCGAUCCGUUCGCGACUGUACGCUACAAAACCUGAAUUACAAGCCUCCUACAGAAGAUCAACGCGGGACCAGAAUUUGCGUCUUUCAAAGACAUUUUACAUAGUGGUCGCUGUGUCGCUUAUCUUUUGGUUGCCUGGUUUCGUAGUGUACGCCAUCAGAGAAUUCUGCUCCCAAUGUUUUCCUCCGACGUUUCUGUGGUUUAUAAGUGCUCUCCACUUGGCAAAUUCUAUGGUGAAUCCAUUCGUAUACAGCUUUAGGAUGAAAAUAUUUAAAGAUGCCUUCAAAAAGUGCUUGAAAAAGCGCGGGGAAAUAUCUGAAUUAAGAUCUGGUUCCCUUCGAGUGGAAAACGAACCCCAAGAGUUUAAUACCCACUUAUAAAUUGAAAAAUUUGGUUAACCUCUGCAUAGAACUUUGUUGUUCAUUUUACAAUUUUUUCUUUUUUUUUUUCCUUUUUUUUUUAUUUUUAUUUAUUUAUUUAUUUAUUUAUUUUUUGCAAUGAACUAUAUUUAAACGAAAGUUUGGCAGAAAGAUUGAUAUUCGUUUGUAAAAUUUCCUCUGCAUUGUCUUUAUUGAAUUUUCGACACCCUACAUUGUAGUAAAAGUUUUUCCUGUGAACAUGGACUGAAAAGCUGAAACUUUCGAUCAAAACUGAUGUGGGUGUAUUUAAUUGGUGUAUUGAUUCAGUAUUUUAAGCUUAUAUUAGAGGAAAAUCAAUUUUAAUAACUAAAAGUAAUUUCAGAAACUUCAAGGUACUCUCGACUGGUAAACUUUUAAAUUCUACUGAUUGAAUACUUUGCCACGCCAAGGAAAGGGAUCUUCACUUCUCUGUGUUUCAUUUCGGCAAGUGGGAGGUUCAUAAACUCUCGCUCAAACCCGUUUUAACUCUUUGCCGCUCCACCUAUGUGCCCAUGAGCUCCGAUAAUGUUUCCUAAACGUGACCUCAUUAGAACGAGAUUUUUUAUGGAAAUGAAGUAAGCAGAUGUUCAAUGGGCGCAUAAUAUUGUUUUUUUGUACCUGCUUGGAAAUUAGUGAGCACGUCAAUCCAUGAUUGGCGUAAUAUUGUUUUUGUACCUGUUUGGAAAUUAGAUUAGCGAGGAUGUCAAUCCAUGAUGACAUGAAUUUCCCAGAAGCAAACCAAAUAAUAAUUCUGAUGGCGCGAAAGAAAUUCUGAUCCUUUCGAAGAUAAUACCCGUGACCUUUGUGCAGCAAGAACGGAGAGUCUGCUCGUUUCCAGCGUUUAUUUGGGGCACGGCGAAAAAAUCAGCCCGACGUGCUAAUUUUCAAUUAACCGAUUGAAUCAUGGUUUAGCUUGCAUCAUCGAGUUGCUAUGCACUUGAGAAGUUAAU